AUGAAUAAUAAUUUUAAUAUAAAUAUACAAAUGGAUGAAGAAUCUGUUAAGAAAUAUGAAUCAGAAGUAAAUAAUUAUUUUGCAAAAUUAUACACAGGGGAUAUUACAAUAAAUACUAUGCUAGAUAUAUUAAAGGGGUUAUCUAAUUCCCCUAAAGGAUCAAAAAAUAAUGAUGUGUAUAAAUGUAUGUUAUUAGUAUUAUUUAAUGAAUGUAAAUUUUUUCCAAAAUAUCCACCUGAAGAAUUAGAUAUAACAGCUAAAUUAUUUGGAAAAUUAAUUAAAAAUAAUUUAUUAAUGGAUUAUGGAAAUGCAUUAAAUAUUGCUUUGAUGUGUAUAUUAGAAGCUAUUAGAAAAGAAAAUGAUAUAAAAAUGUUUAACUUUGGUAUAACUGCAUUAGAACAAUUUGAAGAAUAUUUAUUAUGUUAUCCAAGUUUUUUAUCAUCAUUAUUAACAAUGAAUAAUUUAAGAAAAUAUAAUCCUCAAUAUGUUACACAUUAUAAUGAUUUAUUAAGCUUACUUCCAGAACAUAUAAGAUCCAUGCCAUAUAUUGAACCUUCUAUUAUAAUAAAAAUAAAACAACUUUAUUCUAUGAAUACAAAUAAAAUAAACCCUACUAUAAAUAAUGUUCAAUUUGUAAAUGACGACCACAACAAUUUUAUUUCACUCAACAGAAAUAAUAACAACAUCAACAAUAUUAAUAACUACCAUAAUAAUAAUAUAAGUGAAAACAUUAAAAUUGGUCUCCACAUAGAUAGAUCAAAUUAUAAUAAUGAAAAUAUAGCCUUUAUAAAUGAUAAUACAAAUAAUAUCAACAAUAAUAAUAAUAAUAUUAAUAAUGAUAUAUAUAAUAACAAUAUUAAUGGAUAUGAUAUUAAUCAUGAUAAUAUCAACAAUCGCAAUAAUUCCAUAAGUGUUGUGAACGUUCUCAAUGGCAUCCUAAAUAAUAAUAAUAAUAAUAAUAACAUAAACAAUGAUAAUUUAUUAUCAAGUAUUAAUAAUAUCGUACCCAAUUAUCAACAACAAGUACCAAACUUCUCACAACAUAUUAAUAAUGAUAUCUCCUCAAAUAUUAACGAUAAUAUUAUUUUAAAAAAUAAAAACAUGAACAAUAAUAUAAAUAGUAAUGUUUUUAAUACAAACAAUUUUCCCAUAACUAACAAAAAUAAUAUUAGUUAUAAUAAUAAUAAUAUUUCCAAUAUACUAAAUAAUGAAAAUUCAAAUAACAAUAUUAAUAAUAAUGAAAAUCAAUUAUAUUUAAACAGACCUUACUUAAAUUCAACAAAAGAUCUCAUACAUCAAUAUAAUAAAAAUAUAAACACAUUAGGAACUAAUAACAAUAUUAAGAGAGAUAUAAAUUCAAAACUUACACAUGCAUUUAAUCAAAAUAAUUUAGAAAGUAAUAUAUCAAACAUAAUAGAUAAUUCGAUAAACAUGGGUAUAAAGGAACAUACCAAGAAUAUGUUAGAUCACAAAAGGGAUCAUAUGAAUAAUAUGAAUAAUAUGAAUAAUAUGAAUAAUAUGAAUAAUAUGAAUAAUAUGAACAAUAUGAAUAAUAUGAAUAAUAUGAAUAAUAUGAACAAUAUGAAUAAUAUGAAUAAUAUGAACAAUGUGAAUAAUGUGAAUAAUUUAAAUAUCCAAAAUAAUAAUAAUAAUAAUAACUACAAUUUAAUUAAGGCAAAAGAACAAUCAUCUGAUAUUAUAGAAAUUUUCUAUGAUCAAAUUCAAAAAAAAUUACCAAAUCAUCUAAACGCAAAUAAUAUAAACGGCUUCGGCUUAGGACAAAUAGAAUGCUUAAUGGAUGCCACGGAACUUACCAAAAAUAUUAUUCUUCCCUCAUCAAUUAUUAUAGGAGAAGUUUUCAGUAUUUUUAACACAUUGUGCCUAUUUAAUAUAGAUGAAAAAAUAAAAAUUUUAAAAGAUUUUAUGCAACCUGAUUAUUUUAAUUGGUUAGCAUUUUAUAUCGUAAAAUCCAGAGCUUCUAAAGAAGUAAAUUUACACAACGUAUUUUUAGAAUUUAUUGAUAAAUUAAGCUAUCCAUUAUUUAUAGAUACAAUUAUUAGUAUGACCUAUGAUUGUAUACUUAUAUUAUUUAAAUAUAUAAACGAACUAAAAGAAGUCAGUGCUUUCAGAACUGUUUUAAAAAAUUUAGGUUCAUGGUUAGGAUUCAUAACCUUAGGAAGAAAUAGACCACUGAAAUCAAAAAUAUUAGAUUUAAAAGUAGUUCUAUUUGAAGCAUAUGAUAAAGGUUGUUUAGUUUGUAUAUUACCUAUGGUAUGUAAAAUUUUAGAAUCUAUAAAAUUAUCAAAAAAUUUUAAACCUCCAAAUCCUUGGACUACUGCUAUGUUAUGUUUAUUAACAGAAAUUCAUGAGCUUCCAAAUGUCAAAACAUACAUCAUAUUUGAAGUUGAGGUAUUAUUUAAAAAUCUAUCUCUAAAUAUUCAGGAAUUCCAAAAUAAAACUGUAUUGCUUAGUAAAAGGAUGCCUCCACAGAAUAAAAAAAGCGAUUUUGUUAUGGCAAAAAAUAAUAGGAAUAAUAGAAAUAUCAUAACAAAUAAUAACACCAACAACAAUAAUAAUAAUAACAACAAUAAUAACAACAAUAAUAACAACAAUAAUAAUAAUAAUAAUAUGAAUGGUUUAAAUUUUAUUUCUAGUACUAAUAAUCUUAACCUACCUGUAGAUAUAAAAAAUAUAUAUAUGAAAGAAAAUAUAUCAAAUGUUAAUAAUAUAUUUAACAUAAAUAAUUCUAUUAACGAUAAUACCCAAUUAGAGGAAUUACAAAACAUACCACAAAACAUAUUAUCAAAUAAUAGAAUAAAUACUGAAAUAGAUACUUAUUUUAAUACAAAUGAACAACCAACCUUAAAUACUAUAGAAUCUAAUUGGAACCCAAAUGAAAUUAAUAAGAAAAUUGAUCCUCUAAGGAAUGACUCUAGUUUAGUUUCUUCCUUUAAUCCUCCAGAUUUAAAAAUGAUUAAUUCAAAUGCACCACAAAAAUUAAUAUACAAUCAAAAUAGAAAUCAUUAUACUAUUAACAAUGAUCAACACAUAUCAAAUGUAAAUUCUAAUAUAAAUACAACUUCCAAUAUAAAUAAUGAUAUAUGUGAUCUUAACAAAAAUAAUAAUAAUAGUAAUAAUAAUAAAUUUAUUCAAAGUUUAAGUAAUGCAGUAAUUAUAUCUCCAUCUAUUGCAUUAUUUCAAAUACAACCAGCCUUAAAACGAGUAGUCCCACUAGCUGUUGAUAAAGCAAUUAGAGAAAUAAUAUCUUCCAUAUUAGAAAGAUCAGUAUCCAUUUGCUGUGUGACUACUAGAGAAAUCAUAUGUAAAGAUUUUUGUUUAGAAACAAAUGAAUAUUUAAUACGUAAAGCAGCUCAUAUUAUGGUUGCAUCUUUGGCCAGCUCUUUAGCAUUAGCUACAUGCAAAGAACCAUUACGUAUAUCACUAACACAACAUUUAAGACAAUUGUUACAACCAACUAGCACAAAGGAUUGUAAUGAUCAAGUACUCAUAGAACAGGUCGUUCAAAUAUUAUGUGCAGAUAAUUUAGAAUUAGGUUGUAAUUUAAUUGAACAGGCUGUUAUUGAAAAAGCUAUAAAAGAUAUUAACGAAGCAUUAGAACCAUUAUUUUUAACCAAAGAAAUAGCUAGAGAAAGUGAUAUCUCUCUUAGAGAAUCAAGUCAUCUUAAUAAAUCAAAAAAAAUGCAGUUAGAAUUCUCACAUAUUUUAAAUUUAGAAAAUCCAAUAACAAGUAAACAUUUAAAUAUAUAUACCAAUUUUAUAAAUAUAUCUCCCCUAAAAAAGUUGGAAGCAGCUGUUAAAGCAUUAACAUUAAUUUAUAAAAAUAUGAAUGAUGUUAAAGAUUCAAAUAAACCAUCUCUUCCAUACAUAUAUAAUACAAAUAUAAUGCAAAAUAAUGAAGAAAUCAAUAAUUAUUCAAAACCAAAUACAAUGACACAUGCAUCAAGCAGAAACGAAAAAAUAUAUAUAUCAAAAGAUGAUAUAAAGAUAAAUAAAAACAUAAAUUUAGAAAAGUAUAAUAUAAAUAAUAAAUCAAAAAAUGAACAUCUUAGUGCAAAUAUACAAAACAAUGAUAAAGAAAAUUAUAAUGAACAAAAUGAUUUAUCAAAUAAUAUUACAUUAGAAGUCAAUUUACAAUUACAUAAAGUUUUAAAAAAAUUGGAACUAGCCACAGGACAAUUAAAAGAAGCUAUUAAUGAUAUUAUUAAUUUACCUCCUAUAUUAUUUAAUGUCAAUAAAGAAAUAAAUAUAUGUAAUAUUAAUAAAAUGAAUUUAUAUCUAUUAUAUAGUCUAUCUGUAGAUGGAAAUAUUUUCAAUCUAAUAAAGUCUAUACCAGAAAUAGCUUCAUUAACAAAAAAUAAAAAUGAAACUAUAAUUUCAUAUACAAAUAAAAUAUAUACCUUUCUUUUAGAAAUAACAUCACCAAACGAACAAACAGAAGUAAAUAUUAAAUCAAUUAAUGUUACAGGUAUAUACUUAGAAGUCUUUUUAUGUAUAUUAGAAAAAUUAAAAUAUAAAUGUCCUUUAUUAAAGGAUCAUAUAACGAAUAUAAUAAUGUUCAACAGAAAAAAAUAUGAAAAUGUAUCAAACAACAACAACAAUAAUAAUAAUAAUAAUAAUAAUGUAAACAAUCCAAACAGUCAAAUAUCAGAUAUUUGUGUAAAUGCAGAAGAACAUAACGAUAAAAUUAAUUUAGAAAAUAAAAACAAAGAUAUAAAUACAGAUAAUUUUCCAAAUGAUCAAGAUCAAUAUAUAAAUAUGUAUAAAUAUAAUAUAAAUGUUACUGCAGGUUUAAUAAGAUACAAUUUAGUUGAUAUAGAAAAAUAUAAAAAAUAUUUAGAAAAAGAACUUAUUAAUAAUAAAGAAGAUUAUAUUAACAUAUUAGAAUUUAUUAUAUUACUUCUCAAAAAUAUUUUAAUAGAUUUUCAUAUAUAUAGAUAUAGUGAUUUUCAAAAUUUAUUUUCUUUAAUAAACAAAUUUAAAACAGAAGGGAAGAAAAAAAAAAAUUUAAUUCAAAAUAAAAAUAUUUAUGUACACGGUUGGGGAAAUGUAAAUAUAAAAGAAGCAAUUGAUAAGUUAAAUGUAGAAUCUCAAAAAAUCAAAGAAAAUAAAGAAACUGUCUAUUUUUCAGAUGUAAUGCAAUUUUGUGUAGAAUAUUUUAAUAUGGAACAAGAAGAAGAUGAAAAAGAACCAGAACAAGAAAAUCAAAACGAAAUGAACCAAAAAGAAAAAAAGAGUGAACAAAUUAUAAAAAGCAAAGGAGAAGAAAUCAAAAAUAAUGAAAAAAUAAAUAAUGAAGAGAAUCAAAGUAGUAAAAAGAAAGAUGAUCUAACAAAAGCAAAUGGAGAUGACAUAAAAAAUGAUGAAAAUAAAAUCCAUAUAGAUAAUAACUCAGAAAUAAAACAAACAAAUGAAGAAAAAGUAGAAACUAAAAAAAAGAAAAAAGAAAAACAAAAAAAAGCAAAAUCAUUAUUACAAAGUAAUGAUAAUAUAAAUAAUUUAGAAAAUAAGCAAAAUCAAGAAAAUAUCAUAAAUGAAUCUAUAAAUAACAAUAAAAAAGAAGACAUAGAUAUAACAAAAUCAUUAGAUAAUCAUUCCGAGAACUUAAAAAGGGAAUGUAUUGACAUUUUAGUAAAUACAAACAAAGAUCAACAUUGUGAUAUGGCUUCUCAAGAAAGUAAUGAACUUAAUAACAAUUCAGGAAUUAAAAAGAAAAAUAACAAAAAAAAUGCAAAAAAAAAUAAAAAACUAAAUGAAGAAAGUAAGGAAAAAAUUGAUGAACAGAUAAAAAAAGAACAAAUAGAUGAACAACAAACAAAAGAACAAAUAGAUGAACACCAAACAAAAGAACAAAUAGAUGAACAACAAACAAAAGAACAAAUACAUGAACAAAUUGAUGAACAAAUAGAUGAACAAAUAGAUGAACAAAUUCAUGAACAAAAGAAUAAUAAAUUAAUGAAAGAAUCUCUUAUAAAUAAAAAUGACAAGAAUCACUUAAAAGAUCAAUGCUCCAAUAAUGAAGAUAAACCAGAUAAUAUGAAAUAUACCCAAUAUAAAAAGAAAUAUUUAAAAAUUUUAAUGAACCCCAAACAUUUAACCACCUUGACACAAAUAAUUGAUUUUUGUUUAAAUACAAAUUGGAAUAUUAUACAAAUUAAAAAUAAAAGUAAAAUUUUUAAAGAUAAAGGAGUAGGAGGUUUAAGAGUAGUACCUAGACCACAACAAGUUACAAAUGAACAUGAAGAAAUUAUUAGUUUAGCAUUUAAUCAAUGGGUUAAACUAACCAGUUUAAAUAAUUUAGAUAAUCCUAAUGAAAGCUAUAUGAAAUUUUUUCAAACGAUAUCAAAUCAAGGAUUAUUAAAAAUUGAUAGUAACAUUGAUAACUUUUUUACUGUAUGUAUAUAUAAAGCUCUAGAGGGAGCAUGCACUAUAUUAAAUAUAUAUCAAGAACAAAAGGAAGAAGGUACACAAUACGGUAGUGCAAAUAUGGAUUUAAACAAAAAGAAUAAUAUAAACAAAUCACUUGAUGAAAUGCAUAAUAAUAUGAACAUUUUGAAUGAUAAACAAACAACCGAAUUUAUGAAUAACAAUAAUGGUAAUGCUACUGAACAAUUUUCGGUUAAUAAAGAUAAUACUAUAAAUAAUGAAUCCAAUAAAAACAAUAAUAAUUCAAAAAAAGGCAAAAGUAAUAAAACAGAUGAAGCAGAUAUAAAUUCAUUAAAAAGUGAACAGGAAAAAAAAGACACGGAAGACGCAAAUAACACAAGUGAAAAGAAAAAAGAUAAGAAAAAAAAAAAAGAUAAAAAAAAUAAUCAUGAUAUAAAUAAUAAUAGUAAAAAUGAAACUUGUAUAGAAAAAACACACACCGUUGAAGAAAAAACUAAUGAUACAAAUAAUGAAUUUAAUAAAAAUAAAGAUAUAUAUAUUACAAAUAAUGAAGAAACAUAUUUUGAUGAUACCUAUUCAGAUAUAUCUUCAUGUUAUUUAACAUUUUAUUCUAAUAUAUCAAAUAAAAGUGAACAUAUUUUAGAUGAAGAAGAAUAUACUGAUUGUAUUAGAAAUAAUGAGAAUACUACUAAAGAUUUUAAUUACAAAAAGGAUGAAAUAUUAAAAAAUCUAACUUCAGCUAUAAACCAAUCCAUAGGAAUUAAUAUAGAUGAUAUGCAAAAUAAAGUACAAUCAAACGUUAUUAAUGGAAUAAAUCUAGAUAAUAAAUUAAAUGAUAUUUAUGAGAUCGAUGUGGACAAAAAAAUCGACCAUCUCUACAAAUCUGAAAAUUUUAACAUGGGUGAUAUAAAAUAUGAAGACAUGAUAAUAGGAGUAUAUGAGAAGAUGGAACAAAAUAAAAUAAAAAAUGAAAUUAUUAAUAAGAAUAAUAGUAAAAAUAAUGAUGAUAAUAAUAAUAAAAAUGAUGAUUAUAAUAUAGAUCCAAAGAGCCAUCCACAAAAUGAAAAAAAAAAUAAUAUCUACAAUGUUAAUACUAAUACAAUUGAUAAUGAGAAUAGUAAUUUACUUAAUCAUUCUAAUAUUAAAAACCAAUUUAAUAAUAAUCUUAAUAAGAAUAUUAUAAAUAAAACAAACUUGUAUACAUACGAUAGUAAUGAUAAAAACCUUUCAGAUCUAGAAAGAAAUAUUUUAUUAAAUGAUAGUCUAGAUACAACUAGUAUUGACGCAUUAGCAAAAAUGAUUAUUUGUAUGAUGAGAUUAAUUAAUAUACAACACAUAUCACCUUUUGUCUUAUUUCAAAAAGUUAUGAAUAUAUUUUGUAGAAUUAUAGUAUAUGAAUCUAGAAAGAAUAAAAGUAAUUUUAAUCAAAGACCAUAUUAUAGAUUAUUGCUAUCUAUAUUAAUUGAAAUAAAUAAAUAUGAAAAAUCAUUUGAAGACUUAUAUAAUAAAUUUAUAUUAGCUAUUGGAUAUUACUUAUGUAUUUUAAAUCCAAUACGUGUACCUGCAUUUGUAUUCGCAUGGUUAGAAUUAAUUAAUCAUAAAUUAUUUUUACCAGAAAUAUUGAAAAGUUCGAAAGGAUGGUAUAUAUAUAAUAAAUUAUUAAUAUAUCUAUUAGAAUUUUUAUAUAUCUUUUUAAAAAAUAAUUAUUUAACUGAUUCAAUAACAAUUUUAUAUAGAGCAACAUUAAGAACAUUUUUAAUCCUAUUACAUGAUUUCCCUGAAUUUUUAUGUGUAUAUAAUUUCUCACUUUGUAAUGUCAUACCUUUAAAUUGUAUUCAAUUAAGAAAUUUAAUAUUAUCAGCAUUUCCAAGACAUUCAAAAUUACCUCAUCCAUUUAAUCCUAACUUAAAAAUAGACGAAUUACCAGAAAUUAAAAUAGCGCCUGUUAUAUUAAAUAAUUUUACAUUUAUAUUAAUUGAUUAUAAUAUUAAAAAAGAUAUAAAUAAUUAUUUUUUAAAAAGAGAUCUAAUAUAUUUACAAAAAAUACAUAAAAAAUUAAUUAUCAAAAAUAAAAUGAAAGCUUUAUAUUUAAAAACAAAAUAUAAUGUAUCAUUAAUUAAUGCAGUUGUUUUAUAUAUAGGAAUGUCAUUACCAUCAAGUAUAUUAAUAUUUCAUAACACAUCGCAAUCACAUCCAGCUAUAGAAGUAUUACUUUAUUUAACAUAUAAAUUUGAUAUGGAAGGUAGACAAUAUUUAUUUUCAUCCAUAACGAAUCAUUUAAGAUAUCCAAAUUCACACACACAUUAUUUCUCUUGUUUAUUAUUAUGGAUAUUUAAAGUAUCCAACACAGAAAUUAUUAAAGAACAAAUUACAGGUAUUCUAAUAGAACGUCUUAUAGUACAUAGACCACAUCCUUGGGGGUUGCUAAUAACAUUUAUUGAACUUAUAAGAAAUCCUAUUUUUAAAUUCUGGCAAUGUGCAUUUGUUAGCGUGGUUCCAGAAAUAGAAAAUAUGUUUCAGUCUAUAGCUCAUUCAUGUUUGAUAAAUCAGAUGGAGCAAUAUCAAAAUGUGGAAAAUAUCGAAUUAGAUAAUAGCACAAAUAAUAAUAAUAAUAAUAAUAGUGUGAAUGAAAAUAAUAAAAUGAAUGUAAUAGAUAAUAUUAAUAUAAAUAUUUAUAGUAAUAACAAUAAUAAUAAUAGUAAUAAUAGUAGUAAUCAUAUUAAUCAUUACAAUAUCUUGAAUAACUCAAAUGUGGCACAUCAUUUAAAAAAUAUGAAUCAUUCCAAUAUGGUAAAUCUUAAAAAUAUUAACAUACAAAAUAAUUAUAGAAAUAAUGAUAUAAAUUCAACCAAUAAAAAUAAUACAAAUCAUAUAAACCUAGAUAAUAUCAAUUAUAAUAAUUAUAGUAUUUCCACACAAAAUAUGAUCAAUAAUAUUAAAAAUUUUAAUAAUUUAAAUAUAAAUAAUAUUUCAUCAAACAAUAUGAAUAAUAUAAACAAUAUUGAUAAUACAAUUACAAAAGCAAAUAUAAAUAAUUAUUUUAUAAAAAAUAAUAUACCUUCUAAUAUAUCAAAUCAUGUAUCAUUUAAUGCACAAAAUAAUAUGAACAUGAAUAAACAGAAUCCUUUGAAUGAACCAAAUAAUAAUAAAGAAUUUUCUAAUAUUAAUCAAAACAUUAUACACAAUUUUAAUAUAUAUUCACAUCCAACACAAACAUCAGAAACGAAUAUCAUGGAUCCUCUUAUUUUUAACAUUAAUGAUAAUAAAAGUAAAAAUAUACCUAUUGAAAAAGAUGCUUAUAUGAAGGAAAUAAAAAGAAAUAUACAAAAUAAUAAUUUUAUUAAUCAUGAAAAUAACAAUACAAAUACGUUUCAUAAUAAUAUGGUUGAUCAUAAUGUUAAAAAUUUUCUAAACCCCAAAAAAAAAAUUUAA